AGCUUGUGGUGCUUCGAUUGCGUGAAAGACGUGAAAAUUAUUAGAUAAAAAUGCCAGCUUGUGCCGUUGUCGGGUGUACUGCUCGUUCUGAUCGUAGUCAAAAGUGUUUAGGAAUCACAUUUCAUAAAUUUCCUAGCAAUGCAACUCGCAAAGACCUCUGGGUGAAAGCUCUGGGAAGGAAAGAUUGGGAGCCGUCGAAAUAUAGCAAAGUAUGUUCACAGCACUUUCGGGAACAAGAUAUAGACCGAACCUCUGUUUCGACAGUUCGUAUUCGAGAAAACGCUGUGCCAUCCAUUUUUCCUGCGUUUCCGGCCCACCGAAAGGUACUGCAGUGAUUGCCAGCCAUAUGAAAUACGUGCUUGGAUGGCAGCCACGUUGACCAAUCGCCUUAAGCGGAAGAUCAGGGUUCAAGUCCCGACCAGGCGCAAAUUUUCAUUGUCAUCAAUGCAUAGUGCG